UUUGUUUCGUAUGGUCUUCUUUGACUUCAAAAUGGGGUUUUGCGUAUAAUCCAAUUCUCUGUUCACACCUGACAUUUUCUUUCUAAGGCAUCCAUUGCCCCCCCUGCACUAAAGCACAUUUUUUCACAAUUCGCUCGAUUAAAAUAAGAUUUCUCGUUGUUGUGGGUUUGAAAACGAAGAAAAAGAUUCCUUUCUAGUUCAGGGAAAAUUACAUAUAAAAAAUAAACUUUUUCUUUUGUUGGUUUGCCCGUUUUGUGUUGGAAAGGUUAAAAAGGGCAGCGUGGAAUACUUUUAUGUUUGUUUAUUUGUUGCGGAAGGUGUUGGUUUUUGAGCUUUUAGAUUUUUUCAUCUGAUCAAGCUUCUCAUUGGGUUCGUUAGCUGCUGUAUAAUCCCCUCUAUGAAGCGAGUAAAUUUUUGAUAGAGCAUUUCAGCUUGAAGCUUUUAUUUGGUCAGCAUUGUUUUUUGGUAAUUGCUAUAUACUCAAUUGAUUCACAUAGAAUAGAUGCAUUUGAGAUUUGGAGCCUUCUUCAGUCUUUGACUCUUUCUAAUCUAUUGUUUGGUUGGAUCAUCUGUGAUCAUGAGACAGUAGUUUGUUUCAAAAUGGGUUGGCUGAGCAAAUUUUUUAAAGGAUCUAAUCACAAGGUUUCAGAAGGACAACAUCAUUUGAGCUAUGGUGGACACAAGGAGGAAAAUCAACCAUCUACUUCAUGGGACCCAUUGUCAGAGAUUGAAGAUAUAGACCGUGCUAUCGCAUUGUCGCUUUCAGUAGAUGACCAAAAUCGUAAAAAUGUACCGGAUAAAGAAAAACAGUUAAAUGAAGAUGAACAGCUUGCCAGAGCUCUUCAGGAGAGCUUGAAUCUCGAGUCCUCGUCACUAUGGAAAGGAAAUAUAGAUAAUCAUGUACGUGGGGGUCGUUAUGGAAAUGGAAACUAUUAUCAACCUAUCCCUUUCUCCAAUGCAGGAAGUUUCAGGAUAUGUGGUGGGUGCAACAAUGAGAUUGGCCAUGGGAGAUUCUUGAAUUGUAUGAGUGCUUUAUGGCAUCCAGAGUGUUUCAGGUGCCAUGCAUGCAACCGAGCAAUAUCUGAUUAUGAGUUCUCUAUGUCCGGGAACCAUCCAUAUCACAAGACUUGUUAUAAGGAGUAUUUUCAUCCAAAGUGUGAUGUAUGCAAACACUUUAUCCCAACAAAUGCAACAGGUCUUAUUGAAUACCGCGCACACCCUUUUUGGUCCCAGAAGUACUGCCCAUUUCAUGAACGUGAUGGAACACCACGCUGUUGUAGCUGUGAGCGGAUGGAGCCACAUGAAACAAAUUAUGUUGCUUUAGGUGAUGGUAGGAAACUCUGUUUGGAGUGUUUGGAAUCUUCCAUUAUGGACACCAAUCAGUGUAACCCCCUUUACCUUGAUAUACAAGAAUUCUAUGAAGGGCUAAAUAUGAAAGUGCACCAGAAAGUCCCAUUGCUAUUGGUUGAGAGACAAGCCUUAAAUGAAGCUAUGGAUGGAGGGAAACAUGGGCAUCAUCACAUGCCUGAGACAAGAGGACUCUGCCUUUCCGAAGAAAGAACAAUCAGCACUAUACUGCGUGGGCCAAAGAUAGGGGCUGGAACUCGUACCAUAGAGAUGAGAAGAGAACCAUUUAAAUUAACACGCCACUGUGAAGUGACAGCAAUACUAAUCUUGUACGGUCUUCCUAGGUUAUUGACAGGAUCCAUCUUAGCGCAUGAGAUGAUGCACGCGUGGCUUAGACUUAAAGGUUAUCAAACUCUUAGCCAAGAUGUGGAAGAAGGCAUAUGUCAGGUUUUGGCUCACAUGUGGCUGGAAUCACAAAUUUUGUCACUUUCAAAAGUCAAUGGAGCAUCAUCAUCUUCAGCACGCUCAUCGCUGACUGGACCACAAUUUGAGUUGAAACUUGGCGAGUUCUUUAAACACCAGAUAGAGUCAGACACGUCUCUGGUAUAUGGAAAUGGUUAUAGAAGCGGUAACCAGGCAGUACUUAAGUAUGGUUUGGAGAGGACAUUGGAACAUAUUCGGAUGACGGGCACCUUUCCUUGUUAAAAUAGUAAUUUAUACGUAGUAUAUCUUUUUUUACUUUGAUUCUUCAUAAAUUUUUUUUUAUUUUAUUUUUAAAGUUAAACAUGAGCCUGUGACUGGUUCAUAUUGGAUUCCUGGACUCACGUGUCACCAUGCCGCUACUCUAGGAUUUAGAAAUUCUUAUACCUUUGUGCUCUUCCAAAAGGAAAGAUUGUUUUGUCACAAAU